AUGAAGUUCCUCGGUGCGCUCAGCGCAUCCGCCUCCCUCGCCCUGGCGGCCGUCAUCCCGCAGCAGGAACCGCUCGCCCAGACCAUUCCCUCCAUCGUGCAAAACUCCCAGACUACCCGAUGGCUGAUCGAGUUGAGCCCGUAUCAGACGCGCUGGGUGACCGAGGAGGAGAAGUGGGCAUUGAAAUUGGACGGCGUCAACUUCAUUGAUGUCACCGAUGAAUACAAGGCCGGCGAAUACGGCACCCUGCACACCAAACGCGUCGUGCACUACCCCGGCCAAAUGGAACACCAGAACGAAAUCACCCCGUUGGCCGCAGACCUCUCGAAGAGCAACAUGCGGAAGAACCUAGAACACUUCACCUCCUACCACACCCGGUACUACAAGUCACAGACGGGCAUCGAGUCCGCCCAAUGGCUGUACAACCAGGUCUCCGAUGUCGUGAAGCAAUCCGGCGCCAGCGACCACGGCGCGACCGUCGAGAAAUUCGACCACGCCUGGGGCCAGUUCAGCAUUAUUGCCCGCAUCCCGGGCCAGUCGAACCACACCGUUGUCCUGGGUGCGCAUCAAGAUAGCAUCAACCUCUUCUUGCCGUCGAUAUUGGCUGCGCCGGGUGCGGACGACGAUGGUAGUGGAACGGUCACGAUCCUCGAGACGCUUCGGGCCCUGUUGCGGUCUGAGACUAUCUCCCAGGGUCAGGCGGAGAACACGAUCGAGUUCCACUGGUACUCGGCGGAGGAGGGCGGUCUGCUUGGGUCGCAGGCGGUCUAUUCCAAGUAUAAGAAGGACUCGCGCGAUGUCAAGGCCAUGCUACAGCAGGAUAUGACCGGCUACGUGCAAGGGACUCUGGAUGCCGGAGAAAAAGAAUCGGUCGGUGUGAUUGUCGACUAUGUCGAUCAGGGUUUGACCAACUUUAUCAAGGAGGUCAUUACCACUUACUGCGACGUCCCCUACGUCGAAACCAAGUGCGGCUACGCCUGCUCCGACCAUGCCUCCGCCAGCCGAUUCGGCUACCCCUCCGCCUUUGUCAUCGAAUCUCAAUUCGAAAACUCGGACAAAAAGAUCCAUACGACUGAGGAUAAGAUCAAGUAUCUCAGCUUCGACCACAUGCUGCAGCACGCGAAGAUGAGCUUGGCAUUCGCAUACGAGCUGGCUUUUGGCCCCUUCUAG